AACUCCACUAGAUGGCACUGUUGGAUUUUAAUGAAUGAACAGAUGUGAAGCAGCUCCCUUACAGAGAAACAUUUAAUUCAUUUAACUUACAAUUCUUACUUUAAUUUAAGAUAAUUUCUCCAAACAAAUUUAAUAUUGAGGCAUAAAGUUCAAUAUUUUUUGUCAGGAAAAGAUACACCACACUGAAAACAAAAGCACUUUGGUACAUUAAAACUUUAAUAGACAUUCAGGUUUUUUAAUUAUUCUAAUUUUAGCUAUUUUAUUAGCAGUUGUUGGAGUUAAGUGAGAGGUCUGAACAGGAAGUUGUAUCAGACCCGAUUGUAACCUGAUCCAGUUCAUUCUCACGGUUCAUCUCUGYAGCGGUGAGGUGGGUUUUUGUUCCUCCUUCAAGCCCCCCUCUCUCUCAUCCUCAAACACACUCAGGCAGACGCUGCGCGCCGCACUUUAAUCUGGAAACAGCGAGGCACGUUUGACAGACGGACCUCUGACUAAAAACAAUGCAGAGAGGGCCACAAAAGUUGGAAACGUUCUCUUUACGCACGGGACUGGAGCUGCCAGCAGCUGCGCGCCCGCGGGUCAGGCUGCAGCGCCAAAGGAAAUCCAGUAGUUUGUCUUCUCACGUUGGAUUUAAAAGAACUCUGGAAUAUGUGUUAAACUUUUGAUUUCACUGUCAACCUUUUUUUUGUGUGUUUUGUGGAGGACAAUCCGUUUUUGGCACGUUGGAUCGGAUUUACGCGCAGGAUUCCUCUGACAAAUGACAGCGUCUGAGAGGUGUGCAGCUUUCUCACUCCAUCCUCUCAGGUUCUUUCCUCGCACAGACCUGAAACAUCAUCACCUUCCUCAACAGGUUCGACGCGGGGAGUAAAAAAUAACUAAAGUUCCCCCAUAUUUUCCAAAAGAGGCGCCGGCGACCCCGGCCCGGAAUGMGGAGAGGAGGUUUCCCGAUGUCCGUCGCCGCGCUGGUGAUUCUCCUCCUGGUCAUUGUAGACGUGAAGGCCAGCGGGGAGUUCUGCCACGGCUGGCAGGACUCCCAGGGCGCCUGGAAGGAAGGCUUUCAGUGCCCGGAGAAGAUCGACGCGGCGGACGCYAUCAUCUGCUGCGGGAAAUGCGAGCUGCGCUACUGCUGCGCCAGCAUGGACGCGCGGCUGGACCAGGGCAGCUGCGAGAACUACAGACAGGCGCCAGAACCCGGGUCAGAGAGCAAGGAGGACAAGGACUCCCGUGCAGUGCCCAUCUACGUGCCAUUCCUGAUCGUGGGGUCUGUGUUUGUGGCCUUCGUAGUGGUGGGCUCCUUGGUCGCGGUGUGUUGCUGCCGCUGCCUCAAACCGAAGCAGGAACUGUCGUCAUCAGGGGCCACGGGAGGCGGGACCACCAGCGGGCGCCUCCUGGAAACCAUCCCCAUGAUGGCCAACACCUCCAGGGGCUCCUCGUCCCGACAGUCCAGCACAGCGACCUCAUCCAGCUCGUCCGCUCCGCCCGCCGCGCCCCGCCCAGCCCCGCCCGCCGCACCCCUCAUGCGGGCCCAGGCCUCCUGCUGUCUUCCCCCGGACGCCAGCGUCUUCGUCAACAUGCCGACCAACUUCUCCGUCCUCAACUGCCAGCAGGCCACUCAAAUAAUGCCCCACCAGGGACAGUUCAUGCACCAGUACAUCGGCUACGCCCACCCCGUUUCCCCAGCCUUUCUGGACCCCAGCCAGGGCGGGUACAGACCCCUUCAGUCCCCCUGUCCUCCCACUGCUGGGUCCAGCGACCAGAAAUACCCUCCAGUAACAGUUUGAUGAGGGACCACGCUAUAUUUUGUUGCAAAAAAACUGACUUGUGAAUUUUAACCUUUUUGAUGGAUGCAGCAGAGAAUUUUGAGCUUUCUGCCAGAGUGGAUAAAAACAUAACCAUACUGCUGGCAGCUGGGCCUUCCCUGAUAUUGUGUGUGUGUGUGUGUGUGUGUGUUUAGAGUUUCAUUUGAUCUCUGAGCUAAGCUCAGCCAGUCAUGAUGAAACAGUUCACUGUAUUAAUGUCAAAACUGAAAGUUGGGAGGUGUGCUGCUUAAACAAGUUCUGCACAUGUUAGUGUUUGAAUCUUACAACCCCAAUUUAAAAAAAAGUUAAGAUAAAAAAWUUUUUUUACAAUGAAAUAUACUAAAAACAUAUCAAAUACUUAAACUAAAAUAAAAAACAAUUAUUUUAAAUAAAAAAAGGCCAAUUAUUUUAUGGCCGCAACACUUUUCAAAAAAGUUGGAAAAAUAAAAGGUAAGUGAUACAAAUAAACAGCUAUAGGAACAAUUUGUAACUGGUUAGGUUACCUGCCAGUAAGAGGACAGAGUAUGAAAAAACACUGUAGAAAGGCUAUCGGCACACAGUUCAAAAGCCUGCCUCUCUGAUGCUAUGGGGGUGCAUUAAUGCAUCUGCUAUGGCAGCUUACACAAUCGUAAAAAGCACCAUUAAUGCAAAAGAAGGAUUUACAGGUUUUAAAAUAUAUGCUCCAAUCUUGUGAAAAAUCCAGACAAUCCAGACCUGUAGAACAGCUGGAGUCCUACAGCAAAAAUAAAMAACGUCCUCCAAAAACUCAGCAGCUGGUCUCCUCAGUUCCUGGAUGUUCAGGCUUUUAAUAAACAUGAGCCUAUC